ACAGGUUUUGCCAUGUUGGCCAGGCUGGUCUCCAACUCCUGACCUCAAGUGAUCUGCCUGCCUCAGCCUCCCAAAGUGCUAGGAUUACAGGCAUGAGCCACUGCGCCCAGCCAUUUUUUUUUUUCUUUUUUCUGAGACGGUCUCCUUCUGCUGCUCAGGCUGGAUGGAGUACAGUGGCGACAUCAUGGCUCACUGCAGCCUCCACCUCCCAUGCUCAAGAGAUCCUCCCACCUCAGCCUCUUAGGUAGCUGCGACGACACGUGUGCACCAGCAGAAGCAGCUAAUUUUUUGUAGAGACCGGGGUCUCCCUAUGUUGCCCAAGCUGGUCUAGAACUUGUGGGCUCAAGCGACCCACCGGCCUUGGCCUCCCAAAGUGCUAUGAUUACAGGUCUUAUGUUCUUAAAGUUUUUCUUUGACAUGGUAUAGGAUAGUCUAGUAACUUAACAUACUGUUAAGUUUUCAACAGGCUAGCGCUUAUGAUUUGUAAAAGAACUCUUCAGAAAUGAGCUCAAUUUUACCACGAAUUGGGACACUUUCCAUUUCUUUCUAUUCUAUAGAGAAGUUUACUUGCCAUGAGCUCUGUCUUUUGAAAACUUGAAAGCCUGCAGCAAUAAAACCAGCUGCACCUGGUGCAUGGGAUGGGCAUGGAAUUGAGGAGAGAGUUCAAACUACGGUCAGCCCUCUGUAUCCUCGGGUUCAAGAUCCUUGGAUUUAACCAACUGUGCAUCAAAAAUAUUUGGAAAAAGUAAAACAAUAAAAAGCAAAAAGUUAUAAAUACUUUAUAACAGGUACUUACAAAGCACUUACGUUGUAUUAGGUAUUAUAGUAAUGUAGAGAUGAUUUAAAGUAUACGGAAGGAUGUGCAUAGGUUAUAUGCAAAUACUAUGCCAUAUUAUAUCAGGGACUUGAGCAUCAGUGAAUUUUGGUAUCUCUGGGGUCCUGGAACCAAUAUCCUGAAGUUACUAAGGGAUGACUGUCUUCAGUUUCUUCUUUGGUUAUUAGUUUAUUCUCUGAUGUAUUUUUGUUGUUGUUUUGUCUUUUUGUUUUUGCCUCUGCAAGUCAAUGUCGGAAACUUAGUUGUUCCAGGCUACCAUUAGCUCAGAGCUACCAGUAAGCAGACUACCACUGCAACCUAAGCAACCGAUUUUUUUCCCCAUCAGAUUGGCAAAAAUUAAGCAUCUGUUGAUGUUGAAGCUGUAGGGAGUUUUCCUGAGCAAGUAAUUAUGACAGCCCUUUUUGUUAGGCACCUAGACGAUUCAUCAAAAUGAAAUAAAAUACCCAUGCGCUUGAAGAAGUUAUCUGGUUAUUUCCUUAUCUGGGUGCUGGUUAUGUGAGGUGCACAGUUGAUGAAAACUUAUUAAGCUUUAUAUUUAUAAUAGGUACAAUUUUCUGUAUGUGUAGUAGACUUCAAUAGUUUUUAAAAUGUCUUUUGCCACACCCCGCAGCUGUGUAUAAUGCUAUUCGCUUAACAGUGAAAAACAUGGCAAUGACCUGAAUCCCCCUGGCUCCCAGGAUCCUACCCCCUUAAGUUAAACAAAUGAAAUAACUUCCACUGUCCUUCCUAAUGCCUUAAUUCGGUCCUCAGUUAAACUGAUGGUGGGCGCUGUUUUUUUUCCAGGGAACGAUUCUGGGAGACGGAGGAGGAGACGCCAGCAUUUCGCCCCCGGCCCCUCGAUUGGGCUGCGGUCCGCUCCCGGCCUCACUCGAGCAGGCCCCGCCCUCCCAGAGGCCGUUAGUCCAAGUCAAGUGAUCGUCGACUCAGUUGACCCCGUCGGACCGGAAAAAGAAAUCCCCGGGCCCUGGCUUCCUGGCGCGAUGAUGAGGCACCAGGGGUGAAGCGAGGCAUGGGCUGCUGGAGCGGGAAUGAGGGGGCGCCAGUGGCUCCGGAAACGGGUGGAGGUUGUCUGCCCUGGCCUCUCCGCAAACAGUGUGUGCGGGCGUGAGAAAAGUCCACCGCUACUCCGCUCCCGAGACAGGGGCGGGGGUGGGGGGCGGUAUGAGAAGAUCCUGAAGCUCACAGUUGACGCUAAGUUUGGGUCAGGCGAUGUGAAGGCCACAGUGGCAGUGCUGAGUUUCAUGCUCUCCGGUGCUGCCAAGCACAGUGUCGAUGGCGAAUCCUUGGCCAGUGAACUGUAGCAGCUGGGGCUGCCCAAAGAGCACGCGGCCAGCCUGUGCUGCUGUUAUGAGGAGAAGCAAAGCCCCUUGCAGAAGCACUUGCGGGUCUGCAGCCUAUGCAGUAAGUAUGAGGCCAGCCAGGGUCCAGGCUCAUUCUAGAAGGUGCACGCAGCACACAAAGUGCAUGGAGAGUCCAGGGAGAUGAGCUAACCAUGGUCACAUACCAAGCAGCCGCAGAGCUGGGACCUGGCCCUGGGUCUCCUGACUCCGCGGGCUCUGUGAUGUGUAUGUACAGGAUCAGACCUUGCCCUUUCCUCCUGGCUGACCCUUCCUUAGUCCCCUGUGCCCCAUGUGUGAGCACCCAGCUCACUCUCAUUCCUCCCUCUCCAAAGCGUGGUCCCUGGCAGCACAAGUGGCAGAAGGGACAGCAGAGACUGUGGACCCCUCAGCUGCACCUAAGACCUCUGUGUGGUCUAGCUGUGUGUGCUGGGGGAGGCUUUUGGCCACCAUUUCCCCCUCUGUAAAUGAGACCGAUAUCUGUGGCAUGGAGGACAGGAGGCUGGUGUGAGUGCCAAGCACUUGGAGCAGGGACGCAGUGAGCAUGGACGUGGGAGCAGGGGUGUUCCUCAACUUUAUGCACCUUGGGGAUGGGAGUGGGGCUCCCUGCGUGGGUGGACAAGUCAUUGUUUUCUCCCACCCCACAUGUGUCCCAGCCCUGCAAAUCCAAUCCUUAUGGGUCUAGGAGGGAAGAAGCCCAUGGCUGUGUGACCUCAGGCUGGUGCCUGGCCCUCUCUGGCUGAGUUCCUGGGAAAGUCAGCACCCAAGGCAUGCCCUCAAGUUUAGCACUUUGACAAGAAGGGCGGGGACACUGGGAUCAGGCCCAACCCUCUGGCCCCAAAUCCCACGGCCCCAGCUGGAGGAUGAGGAGAUGCUGAGCUUGGAUGGGGGAAUCAAGGGUGUAAAGGGGCCCGCUCACCCCUCAGCUUGGCUCAAAGGUUCAAGGCGUCAAAGGUUCAGCCUGCGACUCAGGAAGGAGAGCUGGCCCAGCCAGACACUCACCAGGACAAGGGCAACUGUGACGAGCAGGAGGCCCAGGAUGAGGAGAGCCACAGCAUAGCUGGAGAUAAAGGCAUCCAGCAGGCUGGAGGCUUUCGGGCUGGGAGUGCCUAGAGCAGAGCAAGAAGGCCAUGGCCUGGCGGGGCUUUGCCUCCCAGACUUCUAAGAAGACAGAAUCUGGGCCCAGAAGCUGCUGCGGGACCAGAGAGCUGGGACUAGGAGCACCUUGGAGGGCUCCAUGAGGAGGGGAGGCAGGCUUCAGAUCAGGGCAUGUGGAGGCAGCGAGCCCAAGGGAGGAGGCAGAGGGACAGAGGGAGGCGGGCCUGCAGAGGGAAGGAGGUGAUGACCGUGUCUACCAAGAGGCCCUCUGCCUCCCACAGGGUGUGCAGACCCUGGCGUGCACAGUCCCACACGACGGCCUGGGCUGGCGCCACCCUGAAGAAGGUGGCACCCACUCUGGCGGUCAGUGGGUCCGGCCUGCUGAGAGGAUUAUCACAGACUUCAGGGGGCUGUGCAGCCUUGCGGGACUAGGGGAGGUCAUCUCUUCCAGCCUCCUGUCCUCAACCCCACAAUGCUGGUCUGAGCCCUGGGUCACCCAGGGCCACCCUGGACCCACCGGAAUUCCUCCACCACCACUUGGUCAAAGUUCUGCAGAGAUCUGAGGACGAGGGUCAGCUGGGGGUCAGAAGAGGAUGAAGAGGGUCACAGCUCUACCAAACGAAGCUUCAUUCCUGGUGGUGCCUGGCCCACCCCUCUGCUGCCAAUCUCAGGCUGGCCCAGCCCUGCAGAGUAGGUGCCCAGAGGCAUCGUAGCGGUUCCUGUCAUGCUGGUCUCCCCCCGGGGCCCCCUCUGGAGCCUGGUACCACAGAUCUCAGGGUAGGUGGUACAGCUCAGUCUCCCUUCCCUCUCAUCCCCCUCAUAGGGGCUUAGUCCACCAAGGCCCCUGACUGCUAGGGGACCCACACGCAUGGCCUCCUUCUUUCUGACUGCUGGCCCUUCCCCAGCCUGGAUACUUGAGCCCUGGGCAGAGGGGUAACGAUCCCAGGACUGUCUUCGCAAGCAGAGAGGCUACUUGGCACCAGGCCCUUACUCCUUGAGCUGAGCUCAGCAGCAGGUGUGUCACCAAGGUCCCCUGGGCAGAAGGAGCUCAGCCCUGAGGGCCCAUCACUCACAACUCCUGCAUGUUCCUGCUAGGCAUCCACCCUGGGGACCCAGCUUCCCCCUGCCCCCAGCUGCUGGCAGCCCCGUCUUGAUUCAUCCAGGGUCCUGGAGGCCAUGCCAGGAAGCAGCCAGCACCUGGGAGGAGCACGUGGUGUUUCUGCAUCUUUUUUUAUGGAGCUCCCGUGGGUGGGAGGGGCUACAGACUCAAGGGAGACUGCAGGCCACCCCUUCCCCACUCCCUGGCUGGGUGGGCUUCCAGCUCAGGAGUCUGACUGGAAGGAUGGGACCGUGCUGUCCCAGAGGCAGGUCUGAGUAGUCCAGGCCCAGUUUUACCCUCCAGCAGGGCCCCUUUCAUUCAUUUGUCCAGCUGGCUUUGCCCAAAACCCAGGUGAUGUCUAUGUGGACUGUGUCCCCUGUCCCCAAGGGGAGUCUGGCUCCAGUCCUGGCCUGGAACUCGGAGACCUUAGAAUUAGAGGCCACAUCUGGCAGGGUGGACCAGCAUGGUCUGCCCAUGGCCAGGGCAGGUACCAUGUUGGCAGCCCCAGACCUGACACCACGGCUCCCAUGUCCCCUCUCCACUUCCGUCCUGCACAUCAUCUACGCUACGUGCUGUCUCUGAUGAAUCCAAGCUGUCAGCUUCUGUCAGCUUGGCCGGGAAGUCACGCUGACCGUAAGGGGAAUGGUGCAGCCUGAGUUGGGGGCUGAGUGGGAAUGGGCCUGGUGUGGGGUGGGGGAGGUGGGGGCGAGGCGGGUGUCUGGCGCCUCUCUGCUCAUCUUCCCUUCUCCUUUGCCCACAAAGGAGGCGUCUUCUCCAUGUCCCUCUGCCACCCUGGGAACAUAAAAUUCUGCCCCAGGCCUGUCUUCCUUUGGACAUAGCCCACCUACCUUCCUGUGGGACUCAGGGCUUUGUUUUGUCCUGUGGCCCACAUGAGAAGCAAUUAUCCCUGCCCUGCUCAGCUGAGAGAGGACAAACUGAGGCAGAGCAGGGGAACAACUCUGUCAUAGUCUGACUGUUAACGGCAGAGUCAAGAUCAGCCCUUCCCUGAGUGUCACGUCCAGUGGACACUGUAUUAGUCCACUUUGCAUUGCUCUAGAGGAAUACCUGAGACUGGGUUAUUUAUUUAUUUAUUUUUGAGAUGAAGUCUAGCUCUGUCACCCAGGCUGGAGUACAGUGGCACCAUCUCAGGACACUGCAACCUCUGCCUCCUGGGUUCAGGCUACUGUCCUGCCUCAGCCUCCUGAGUAGCUGGAAUUAUAGCCAUGCACCACCAUGCCUGGCUAAUUUGUAUCUUUAGUAGAGACAGGGUUUUGAGAUGGAGCUUCGCUCUUGUGGCCCAGGCUAGAGUGCAAUGGUGUGAUCAGCUCACUGCAAUCUCUGCCUCCCAGUUCAAGCAAUUUUCAUGCCUCAGCCUCCCAAGUAGCUUGGAUUACAGGCAUGCACCACCAUGCCUGCCUAAAUUUUGUAUUUUUAGAAGACAGAGUUUCACCAAGUUGGCCAGGCUGGUCUUGAACUCCUGACCUCAAGUGAUUCACCCACCUCGGCCUCCCAAAAUGUUGGAAUUACAGGCAUGAGCCACCGCUCCUGGCCCUGAGACUGGGUAAUUUAUACAAGAGGUUUAUUUGCCUCACAGUUCUGCAGGCUGUACAAGCAUCUGCUAGGCUUCUGGUGAAGCCCCAGGAAGCUUUUACCUCUGGUGGGAGGCAAAGAGGGAGCAGACGUGUCGCAUGGUGAGAGAAGAAGCAAGACAGAGGAGACAUCAAGCUCUCCUGUGAACUAAUAGAAAACUCACUCAUUGAAUCACUCGAACCUUGGAGGUGGAGGUUGCAGUGAGCCAAGAUCAUGCCACUGCACUCCAGCCUGGGCUAUGAGACUCUGCCUC